UGGUCGGGAUGUGUGUUCCGUCUCGCUCGCACGCAGUUCAUUCACCCGGCCGGUGAGUGCGGAAGAAGCGCAGGCGACGGUACAGAGUACAGACUACAGAAGUCAGAACAGACCGCAGGCAACCGCGGCGACGACGGCUUCGACCGUGAACCGAUCUACACUUAUCAGUUACACGGAGCUAUCGGUGCGCUACGCCGCCUCCGCCUCACGAUGUACUAAAGUGUUGAAGUUAGACUGAAUGCAACCUAGAUCUCAAUUUAAGACUUAUUAAUUUAAGUGACGGUUCCAGUGUAGUGAUGAAUAGUUUAAGUUUAGUGAAAAUAUCUGCUACACUAUCUGGAUUUUAUUUACAAUUAUUAUCUGGAUUACUAUGCGCUUAUUGAUACUUCUACGUUAAAUAAAAAAGGACAUCAAAAUCAUCAAAAUGAGACUGUCAACCAGUGAAGAAAUUCCCAGUACCACGGUGGGACGUACAGCCAGUCCUAACGUUGGCGCCGUAGCCAAUAAUGAUGCCUACGAUGUGACCAGAAUGAGGGAAGAAGAGUUCGAAAGGCUCACAGUGUACAUUGUACCAGAUGUUCCUUGUGAACGUGGAGUACUAAACAGAGCCGAAAGAACUCUGCCUCGCAGUUUGGCUUUAAGACCCUCUGCAGUAUUAUCAACGCCAAAUACACCGACUGAAGGUGUUUGGAGUACCGGUGUUAUACCUCGAGGAACAAGAUUCGGGCCAUUUGAAGGUACACGAACACCCAAUAAACCAAAUGACAAAGUGUCGUGGAGAUAUUACUGGAGGGUACAAGAAACUGUCAGACAUCAUACUUAUGGAAAUAUUAAGAUAUUUAAGGACAGUGACUAUUAUUACCUGGAUGGAUCAGACACAAGUGUAGCAAAUUGGAUGAGAUAUGUGGCAUCAGCCUACUCGCUAUCCGUAAUGAAUCUCGUUGCCUGUCAACACCAGGAGCACAUAUAUUUUUACACUAUCAGGGACAUCAUGCCGAAUGAAGAACUUAUGGUAUGGUACUGUAAGGAUUUUGCAACCAGGUUAGGAUACGAUAUUGAUCCAGAAAGAGCAACAUACUCAAUAUGUAAAGAAGAAACAAUCAAAAAAGCAUAUGGACUACCUCCUGCACCGGUACAUCCUGAAAUAGCUUUCAAUCACAUGAAAUAUGUUCUUGGUCUAACCAAUACAAAAGAAUUAUUAGAAGCCGAAGUCCCAAAUAGGCGAAGAAAACGCGAAGCGGGUGAUAAAUGCCUCGAACCUACAGCAAUUUUGCAAAGGGAUGACCCUAGAUGUAUGAAUAAGAAUGAAAGGCUUGUCGCUAGAAUGGAUCUGUCUACAAACGGAAUUAUUCCUAAAAUAGAGAGCCCUCACUUCAUAAAUGAGCAGCGACCAAUAUCGCCAAGCUCACUGAUGCAACCACCAUCGCCAAAAAUACAUCACAGAGAUCAAACGUUAAUAAUACAUCAACACAAGGAAAGUACAUCUCAUGUAGUCAUACACCAAAUGGAAAAUUCUAGACUUCAUAACAACAGAUCACCAAGCUUAAGCCAUAGUCAACGUGAUAUGCGUGGACCUUCGCCAAUGGCUUUAAACCACCCAGAAAAGUUUGGAAGUAAAUCACCAAGUCUUCCUCAUUGUGUUCCCUCUCAUUAUGAACACCAACUAACACCCAACGAUGGUUCUGUUAGGUCUGAUGAAGGUUAUCAUAGUAAUGGUUACCAUGACGAGUUUACACCACCGGAAGAUUCAAGUGACUCUGAUGUUGAAAAUUAUGUUUUAGAUUGCUCAAAUAAGACAAACGAGCCCAAAGAAACUGUUAUCGUUCAAAAAGUUGAUCAAGAUAUGCAUCGAAAUGAAUAUCGAAAGGUUAAAAUAAAAAUGCCGAGAGCAUAUCAAUAUCAAAAUCACAAAGAUAUGGAUUGUGAAAGUGAAAAGGAGUUAAUUAUUUCUGAGGAACUAGCUAACACUACACCACAAAACUUGUCACCACCCCGACGUGACCCAGCAACUUCCACGGUUAUUGUAUUGGAAUCAUCACAAAACACUGUAGUUCCUUUAAGUAAACCAUACUAUGAAGAUGGUGCAUUAUCACCUUCCCCACAACCCGCAUUUAUGAGAUACUCUCCACCAGAUACAAGGAUUUUGGAAACGAUUCUAACCGGAAACAGAAUUGAUACUAACAAUAACGAUCCAAACAGAAGACAACCAAAUGCCACACCACCUCCAUCAUCUCCAACUGAAAUGGCAUAUUCCUACAAGAAAAGUCAAAGGUAUGGAAAUGCUUGUAGUCCCGACUCUAGCUCCAAUUUGACACCUUUGCCAUCUUUACUGCCAUUACCUCAACAACUUCCUACACCUAACUCGGUGUCGUUGUAUUCAUCCUCUCCACCACACUCUAUACCACACACCACAGAAAUACGAGAAAUUCGAGAGAUAAGGGAAAUAAGGGAAACGCGCUAUGAAAGUCAUUAUCCAAAUUAUUCUUAUAGUUUAUAUUCGCCACCAAAUUCCACAAUCAUCACGCAACUUGGAUCUCCCCCCACUACAUAUUCACCAACGGUUACAUCGUCACAUCAAUACGAGAGGAAUCAAAAUGGGCAAAAUAAUCAUCACUAUCCAUCUUCAACUAGUGUUAUAACACUCAAAAAUUGCUCGCAGUUAAGUUUAAUCCAAAAUUCUAAUGCAAACGGACAGCUAGUACCACAACAUGGUAGCUUAAGCCCUGACGGUACAUGCAAUUUAAUGAUGGCACCUAUGAGCCCUAAUUCCCAAUCCUCGCGAGGGUAUAGAAGCCUACCUUAUCCUUUAAAGAAAAAAGAUGGGAAAAUGCAUUACGAAUGUAAUGUAUGUUGUAAAACAUUUGGCCAGUUAUCAAACUUAAAGGUGCAUUUGAGGACACACUCCGGAGAGAGACCUUUUAAAUGUAAUGUUUGCAAUAAGUCAUUUACUCAACUUGCUCAUUUACAAAAGCAUCACUUAGUGCAUACUGGCGAAAAACCACAUCAAUGUGAUAUUUGUAAGAAAAGGUUUUCAUCAACAUCGAAUUUAAAAACUCAUUUACGACUGCAUUCUGGACAAAAACCAUAUGCAUGUGAUUUAUGUAUGCAGAAGUUUACACAAUUUGUGCAUUUAAAACUUCACAAAAGGCUCCACACAAACGACAGGCCAUAUGUUUGCCAAGGCUGCGACAAGAAAUAUAUCAGCGCUUCAGGAUUAAGGACACACUGGAAGACUACUAGUUGCAAACCAAAUAAUAUUGAAGAAGUGCUAGCUAUAACUAACGCUGCAAAUACUGAAUGCAUGGGUAACGUCGACAAAGACUGCCACGAGAGAGAGGGGCAUGAAAGUUAUGAAGUGCACUCAGCCACGCAAGGAGGGGUGAUGACCGGUGGGGCUCGCAGCAUGUCGCACGGGGAGACGAUGAUGGCAGGACAAGCUCACACGACGACGCCUCAUCUAACCGGCCACGGACAAAUGUCGCCGGGGCCCGGCGGUCAGUACCGCGGGCUUAUGCCGCCGCAACCUGAACACGAGCAGCAUUACUCCGCGUCAUCUGAAACCCGACCCACUGUGAUAGAAUCCAGCCAGCCGCUUAUCAUAGAAUGUACUUGAGCGCUACCCUAUCUUUCACACCCCAAAGUAGUCGUUGACACGCGCAUCCAGAUGCGUGUUUUCCCGCCGCAUAAUGUGAUUCCUGUCUUGUGAUCAAGUGAGAGUAUUCUUAAAAUUAAAGAGACAUUCGUGUGAAUCGACUCGUCUCAUUCAGUGGCUAUGAGAUUAAGGACAUUAAAGUGUAUAUUUGUAUUAUAGUUUUAGUAUAAGCGCAAUGCGAUUUAAUUAAGUACUAAGUACUUACAUAGAAUUCAUCCAUUUUAAGACUAUCUAGUUCUAAUAGAAGGCCGUGGAAUACUUUAUUAAGGUCUCAGCCUUUUUUACGCUAAUGCUCAAUUUUUUUACUUACCUAUACGUCUAUUGUAAAUGAAAUAUUUCGCCAUCGACUUUAUAUAAUUUAAUAGAUUUUUCUAAGAGCGUGUAUAUAGUUUGUAUAUAAAUAUUCUGUGUAAAACUAGACUAUAAUCUUCCUAUCAUUGUAGUUUUUAAAAAGAACUAUGUACUUGCAGGUAACUUAAUAUAUUUUUGCAUUGUUAACUGCAACAUACUUACAAGUAAAAUGAUUGACAUUUCACCAAAGAACAUGUAACAGUUAUAUUUUGCCAUUUAAUUAUUCUGUCUGAUAGUAACUAUUUGACUUUGUCAUUAAAAUUCACCCCCGUUCUCCAUUACAUCU